AUGGCUAAAUGUGACAAGUGCAAUAAAUAUAUUACCAAAAAUAAACCUGGUUUAGAAUGUAGCCGAUGUGAGAAGGUAGUGCAUUUGAACACCAUAUGUUCAGAGCUUUCGAAUAAACAGCUGUCGGCAGUACGUGCAGCGGAAAAUCUAGAGUGGACAUGUCGAGAGUGUCACGAAAAUUCUCCAAAACGUCACUCAAUUGUUAUUCCUGACGAUGAUGAAGAGGAGGAAGACAAGCGUAAUGAGGCUCCUGAUCUAAAAAUCGACAUGCAGCAACUGUUGGUAGACAUAACAAGGGAAAUGGAGAAAACCAUUAAACGCGAAAUGAAAGAACUUAGUCAGUCCUUGCAAUUUCAUAGUGAAAAAAUGGAUGAAGUGAUUACAAUGCUAGAAGCUUGCCAAGAAACCAUAAAAGAUUUAAAGAAAAAGAACAUCGAUCUCAUAAACAAAAAUAAUAAUCUAGAGACGAGGGUAGGUGCACUGGAACAGCGUUUACAAGAAAAAGAGCAGCGGGAAUUAUCUAACUGCGUUGCAAUUUGUAAUGUUCCUCAAAGGGUUGAUGAAAAUACUUAUCUGCUAGCUAAACAGGUUGCAAAAAAACUUAAUCAACAAGCUGAAGAUAUUAAAGAAGCAAUUCGUCUACCAGGUAAGAAAGAAAAUCCGAGCCCUAUCCUGAUCAAACUAAAAAAUGAACAACUUCAAAACUCAUGGUUAACAUCUGCAAAGUCAAGUUGUCAUAAAAUUAAAGCGGUCGAUAUUGUUCCCGAAACUACUGACAAAAUUGAAAUUGAAAAAUCCAUAUAUCUAAGAGAAACCCUAACACCGUACAAUAGACAUUUACUAUGGUUUGCCAAAAAAGAACUAAGUACCACCUACAAAUUCAUCUGGAUCAAAAAAGGAAUUUUACGUGCACGCAAAGAAGGUGAUAAAGAAAAAGCAAUAAUUAUUCGAUCAAAAGAAGAUGUUAAUAAGCUAAAAUAAUUCUUAAUUAUACGGAUAUAAUAUGCACACGCAGUUGCAUACGGGACGCAAAGGUGGAGGCAUUAUAAUGUACGUACGAAAAAUUCAUAAAUUUAC